UUCGAGCUUGAGUGCUUUUCGUUCUCUCUCUCUCUCUCUCUCUCUACAGUCAAAUCUCAGUCGCCGCCUUGCCCUUUCCCUCUCCUUCUCCAUCCUCAGGGCGCCAGGCUUCGUCUUCUCGCUCUCUUCUCACUCCAUACCAAACCCGACGGUGGUGGCCGCCGCCUCUGCUCGCUCGGUCGCCUCAACCUCGCGGCGCUCGGCUUUGCUCUGCUUUUCCCGUCACCAGGAUAUCGCAAGGUGGGGCUUUGAGCAGUAAAGAAAGAGAAAUGGAGUUUGAAGAUGGGUUCAAGCCAGAGAACCUGUUCCGGCAGGGCUACUCCUAUACUUAUGAUGACGUCAUCUUCCUCCCCGGGUACAUCGGCUUCCCCGUUGACAAAGUGGACCUCUCCACAAAGCUCACUCGCAACAUUUCCCUCUCCAUUCCCUGUGUGUCCUCCCCCAUGGACACCGUCACAGAGUCUUCCAUGGCUCGGGCCAUGGCCGCACUCGGUGGCAUAGGUAUCAUCCACUCCAACUGCCCUCCUGAUGAGCAGGCAGCCCAUGUCAGAGCAGCAAAAGCCCACCGCUUCCCCAUCCUCUCCAAUCCCAUUUUCCGAUCACCCUCUGAUCGUAUAUCCUCCCUGGAUGACUUUGCUACCAGCCCCUGCAUCCUCGUUACCCAAUCUGGAGAUUCCAAGAGCAAGCUAAUUGGGUACAUAUCUCAGUUUCAGUGGAUGGAACUUCCAGACGGCAGCAAAGAAGCUCCCUUAGCUGAUUACAUGGUCAGUUCUGUGGAUUUCGUUGGCUGGGAUUCUGACUUAUCCCAGAUCGUGGAAUACUUCGAUGCGAAGGGCCCAAAAGUUGACUUUGCACCAGUUGCUGGGAGGAGUGGAGAGAUAGUGGAUGUGGUGGCGAGGGCUGAUGUAGAGACACUGAGAGGAUACCCGAGAUUAUUGGGUGGAGGGUCAGUGGGGCCGGAUGGGGAGUUGAUGGUUGGGGCAGCUAUAGGCACAAGGGAGUCCGAUAAGGUGAGGCUGGAGCACCUGGUGAAGGCUGGCGCUAAUGUGGUAGUCCUAGACAGCUCUCAGGGGAACUCCAUCUACCAGAUUGAGAUGAUCAAGUACAUAAAGAGAACGUACCCGGAGCUGGACCUCAUAGGCGGGAACGUGGUUACCAUGUCCCAGGCUGACAACUUGAUCAAGGCUGGGGUCGAUGGGCUCAGGGUUGGAAUGGGCUCUGGCUCCAUUUGCACCACACAGGAAGUUUGUGCAGUUGGGCGAGGCCAGGCUACGGCAGUUUACAAGGUCUCAUCAAUUGCCUCCCAGAGCAAGGUACCAGUCAUAGCUGAUGGUGGCAUUUCAAACUCUGGGCAUAUUGUCAAAGCUUUGACACUUGGGGCAUCAACAGUUAUGAUGGGAAGUUUCUUAGCAGGAAGCUCCGAGUCUCCCGGGGCAUAUAUGGUUCAGGAUGGCCGGCGAGUAAAGAAAUAUCGGGGCAUGGGCUCACUGGAGGCCAUGACCAAGGGGAGUGAUGCUAGAUACUUGGGGGACACAACCAAACUGAAGAUUGCUCAGGGCGUUGUCGGUGCAGUUGCAGAUAAAGGAUCGGUUCUGAAGUUUGUGCCUUACACGGUGCAAGCUGUUAAGCAAGGACUUCAGGAUCUCGGAGCUGCUUCUUUGCAAGAUGCCCAUGACUUAUUGAAGUCUACCCUAAGGCUUGAGGUCCGUACAGGAGCUGCCCAGGUCGAAGGUGGAGUUCACGGGCUGGUUUCCUAUGAAAAGAAGCCUUUCUGAUUCGUUUUCAUUUCUAUCCGGCUUGGACUUUUCCUCUGCAACUGUCUGUACCGAUGAAAAGAAUGUACAUUCGGUGGGAGAAGAUUGCAUGAGAAGCUUAUGAAAUUCACUCUUUUUUUUUUUUUUCGAAGUGGAUGACGAAUCCAUGUUUUUUUCUCAUGCAUGGCGUAACUAUUGCAGAGUGAUUCUUGGAAGUUGUUACUGAAU